AUGGGCGGGGUUCCGCCAUCUCCGGUUACACCCCUCGCGCGCAGUUUUCCCGCCGCCCCCGAUGUUGAGCCCCGGGCCUGCCGGCUGACAGUUGAGUAUGGCGGAGCCGAGCGGGGCGGAGGUCGGCCGGCGGAGCAGGAGCCCGUGGUGUCGUUGGUGGAUGUGUUAGAGGAGGAUGAAGAACUGGAGAACGAGGCCUGCGCGGUGCUGGGCGGCAGCGACUCCGAGAAGUGCUCCUACUCGCAGGGCUCUGUGAAAAGACAAGCAUUAUAUGCCUGCAGCACAUGCACCCCAGAAGGAGAAGAACCAGCAGGAAUUUGUUUAGCAUGCAGUUAUGAAUGCCAUGGAAGUCAUAAACUAUUUGAGCUGUAUACAAAAAGAAAUUUUCGAUGUGAUUGUGGAAAUAGCAAGUUUAAAAACCUGGAAUGCAAAUUACUUCCUGUGAGAAAAGGAAAGUUAAAUUCAGGCAAAUAUAAUGACAACUUUUUUGGACUGUAUUGCAUUUGCAAGAGACCAUAUCCUGAUCCUGAAGAUGAGAUUCCAGAUGAGAUGAUCCAAUGUGUGGUUGUGAAGAUUGGGUUCCAUGGAAGGCAUCUGGGUGCAGUUCCUCCAGAGAGUGGGGAUUUCCAAGAGAUGGUGUGCCAAGCUUGCAUGAAGCGCUGUUCCUUUUUGUGGGCUUAUGCUGCGCAGUUAGCAGGUACCAAAAUAAUAACUGCUGAAGAUGAUGGGGUGCUGAAUGUGGAUGGAACAGAAGAUCAGAAAGUCAUCAAGGCUGAAAAUGGAGCAAAUCAUCAAGAAAGUAUCCCAGAAGAGAGUGUCCUAGAAAAGGGAAAAGAUGUCAAGGAGGAGAAUAAAGCAGAGCACAGUGAUGAACCAUCUACUAGCUCUGGUUCUGAAUCGGAUAUACAAACAGUUUCUCCAAAGGAACAUCAGAAUACAGAAUCCCAUUCAGGCUGUAUACUACAAGAUCUGAGGACCAAGAAGUAUGUGAAGCAAGAUACUGCCACCUAUUGGCCCUAUAACUGGCGCAACAAGUUAUGUACCUGUAGUGACUGUAUGAAAAUGUAUGCAGAUCUAGAAGUCUUAUUCCUGACAGAUAAAUAUGACACAGUCCUGGCUUAUGAGAACAAAGGCAAAAGUGACCAGGGAACAGAUAGGAGAGACCCUUUAAUGGAUACACUUAACAGCAUGAAUAGAGUCCAACAAGUGGACUUAUCUGUGGUAAAUAUUAUCUCACAUGAAUAUAAUGAUUUAAAGACUGAACUUAAAGACUAUCUCAGGAGAUUUGCUGAUGAAGGAACGGUUGUUAAGAGGGAGGACAUUCAGCAGUUCUUUGAAGAAUUUCAGUCAAGAAAGAGAAGGCGACUGGAUGGGAUGCAAUAUUACUGCAGCUAGAAUGGCAUACACGGGCUUUUUCUUUCAGGCCAAAUGGGAAUGCUGCUGUUUGCUAAAUAAAGGAGGCACAUUUCUAACCGUUUGGUCCCCUUUUCACCACGCUCCUUUCCCAGAGGACUUAGCCAGCCUUCCGCUGUUCCUACAUGCCAUUACUUGAGUGACCAGAAUGCAUUUUCUCAUUUCACUACCAGUGAUCCCCAUUGUGAACUCGGUUCAAUGUAACUCUGGUUUGUUGACUCCCAUUCCCCACUCCCAGUGUCCAUUGUUUUUAGGUUUUAGGGGGUUUGAUUUGGUUUUAAGAAAAGGUUGCCAGGAUAAUAGCCCCUUUUCUGCUGCCUAGUACUAUAAGCCGGGUAUUAACCCUGUUAAAUUUUGGUGGUGGUUUACAAAGUGCUUUGAAUUUUUGAUAUUAUCAGGGAUACUUAGGAGCCUACAUUGAAAACCAACCUACUUUGACAUUGUCAUGUUUUAGAAAUGCUGUUAUCAGGGUCCCAGCAAAUUAUGUUCUCUCCAGACCUGUGCUGAAGCAAAUAUGACUAUGGCAGACUAUCCUACUAGGAGCUAGCUUUGUAACCAGGGCAUAUGGAAAGGGGAAGAAGACUCUAUGAAAAUGAGUAGAAAAGAAGAUUUUGUGCUCAUGGAUGAUUUUUUCUUAAUGUUAAAAAAAAUCAACACCCAGUUCCCUUUCAACUGUGAUGGUAUUUCCUUUGGAAGCUGGUCAAGUUUCCUACGUUUGUGAAAUGUGAAUCACCAUGGGAAGCCAUUUCAGUUAGUGGAAGGUUCCCUUUACAGCUUCCCACCCUCAGUUUUCGUGGAGUAAAAGCAUUCAUUGAGAAGUAUGUAGCAUUGAAUCAGUGCCUCCCUCUAUGUGAAUCAGAUUCUUCUUGGAAAUAGAUGAUGGAUGUGCUUUAGGACACAUUAACUGCUUUGGGUUUAUUAGGCCUUGUCGACAAAAUAUAUGCUCACAUAGAGGCCACAUAGGUUCAGUAGGAACUGUUUUGGCAGGCCCAUUCAUGACUAGUAUCUUAGUUAAGUCAGGCACUGGGCCUAGAAUAAAUCAAACUCUGCCUUUUCUAGUGGUUCUCGUAUCCGUGACAGUGGAGCAGCGGGUCUUUGACUGGAAGAUGCUUGUGCUUUCUGGACCUCAGGAGGGUUUGCUGCAUGCCAGUGACAUUUAGCAUUCAUUACAACACUGAGGAUUCCACAGGAGGGCCUGCCAUGGUCUGGUCAGAGCUAAGGCUCCUCAGGUGACCUUCACCUGGGCGUUAUCAGGACUAGUUAGGAGGGCCAGGGUGACUGGUGGUUAUGGCAAGGACAGACUUGUAGGACUGUUUUUAUUUUUCAGGUAAUAGGAUUAGAGAACUUAGAGUUGGAAGAGAACUUAGAACUUAUCUUAAAUCUAAGCCUUUCCUUUUACUGAUAAGGAAAUAAGGCCAGAGAAGCAAAAGUGACUUGUUACAGGGUCACAGGUCAUAAGUAAACACCAGAACUAAGAUUUGAACUCAGGUCUUCUGACUCCAAAUUCAGUGCAAUUUCUACUAGUCUGACGGUUUGGGGGGGGGUGGGUUGACCUGUGGGCCAAGGCUGUAUCUCUGUGAGGCCUAAAAGUUUGCCUCUUUCAUUCAUUAAACAUUUUUUAUAAAAGUACCCAAGGUGUGUGGAUUCUGUGGUUAGGGAUAAGCCACAGUCCUGCCAGUUGUUUCUGACCCAACGCCCCAGAGUAAGUUACUCACCUGGAAGGGAUAAGCCCUACUUGAACUGGGCCUGGUUAUUAACAGGAUAAAUCACCGUGAGUGCUGCAGGUCUCGAUGAAAGAAAGGCACUGUUGUUCCUUCUUUAACGUUAACCAAAAGACCCUGUUUUAUACCUGUUGUUCACAGCUCCUUUUCUGACUGACUUGCAGAGACUAAUUUCGGUCAAGAUGCAAAUGUGCUCAGCGCAUGUUUUAUGCAAGACAGGAAUAUGAUAUUAGUUGCUUUAAAAAUAAUAAAUUCUGGCAUUGUAUGUGCAUUUUUGUAGAAAUUGUUACUGGAAUUGUAACUACGUACUUAAUUUCAAUCAAGAUUCUGUACAAAUUUAAAUAAAACAAGU